AUGCAUCACGUAUGUUUGUUAGGACCAACAAUUCUCUCUUUUCUGCUCACAGGUACAGCUGGAGAGACUCAUGUGUUCAGUAGUUCAGGUGAAAAUGUCACUCUGCCCUGUAAUAAUGAUCUUUUUGACUGCACCUCAACUACAUGGGACUACAGCAAACAUAGAUCAUCAGUUACAGUAGAACUGGUUAAUGGAGGAAUAAAGAAGAUAAACGUAAAAAGAGCUGAGAGACUGAGUCUGGGGUCUGACUGCUCUCUGAACAUCUAUAAAACAACAAAAGAAGAUCGUGGACAAUACACCUGCAGACAAUAUGUGAAUAGACAAACACAUACUGAUGCACAGAUUUUUCUACAUGUUCUUCAUGUUUCUCUAUCAUCCAUACAAACUGAAAUGAGAUCAGGCAGCUCUGUGACUCUCACCUGUCAGCUGUUUACAUAUGGUAACCAUUGUGAUGGUUUGGUCCAUAUUGAGGGAAUUCAGCUGUUCUGGGUGAAUCAGGCUGAUGUUAAUCUACAGACAGACUCCAGAUAUCAGAUAUUAUCACCAGGCAAAUGUAUCAUUACUCUGACUACAACACUCCUGAAUGAAGACAACAACAGGAAGUGGAGAUGCCUGGUUAAAAAGAAAAAUGAUAUUAAAACCUCAGCCAGCUAUACUGUCAAGUUUAAAGGUCCAGCUGUGACAAACCCACCAAUCACCACCACAAACUUUGAGACAAAAUCAACUACAAAUGCAUCAGAAACUGAAGGCAGUAAGAUUUGGGUGUCAUUAUACAGAGUGAUUAUAGUGAUUAUUGAGAUCACAGCAUUCACUGCUCCUACUGUGAUUGUUUUUCUGAUCAUCUGUACAGGAAGAGCUGACACAGCUCAGGCUGAGCCCUGCCCACAGACCUCGCUACAGCUGGAUUGUGAAUCAACACCCAAGGACGUUUCUGUUGAUAACAACAACCAUGGAAUGCAUGAUAACACUCUCUCCCAGCCUUCAGGAACACCAGAAUCACAGCUGAUGUCGUCACACUCUCUCUCCCUCUCUCCAACAUCACCCCUUCUAUGCUUUUCAGAGAAAAUGGAGAAACUGAUGUCUGCUGACUACCGCUUCGAGGUAGGUAUGGCUCUCUGCACAGCUCUCACAACACACUCCUCUUCCCUGUUGAUUUGGCAGUUUUAA